AUGUCACAAAAUUUACGUAAAGAAGCAGCUACUCGGGCAUCUCGACGUGCGAGUAGUAAUGCUGGACCACCACUAGCUUUUAAUUUUACUGGCGGUACGCCCCUGAGUAGUCGUCACAAUACUGACGAAGAAGACAUGUGGAGUGAAACUUCAGCAGACACCGUCGAUUCAUGGACUUCUACUGGCAGUAAGAAUGCUGAAGAUGGAAUUUUGGAAGAAGUAAAUUGGGAAGACGAAGUUUUACAGACUAUUGAGGAUUUAGGAGAAAAAAGAACAAGUACUAGGCGGGAUACUUUACUUGAUCUUUUGUGCCGCUCUAUUAGGAAGGAUAAAAGUUACAAAGAAAGUCGAUUAGCUGCUAAAGAGCUUCUCGACUUUUUUAACGAAAUUAUAUUGACUAAUGGUAAAAGCGUUAAUGCGAAUAAUGAAGGAGGUGUCAUAGAAAGCGCUUUAAAUGCCUACGGCCUACUGUUUUCUGGGCUAUGGGGUGAUAGCAAAAGAGGAUCAGAUAAAGCCAGAGAAGAAUUUGAACGUAUUAUGCCAAGUCUUAUUAAACAGCUUGAAUCCAGUACUAUGGAGGUUCGCGUUGCUAGUGGUGAAAUUAUUGCGCUGAUGUUUGAAUCUUUAGGAAUUGGAAAAGAAAGUGGCACAGUGGAGAAUUGGGGUCAAUCACAAGAUGAUUAUGAUGAAGAUGAAGUUGAUUACGAUGAUAUGGAACAUUUAACUCAACUCUUGAACGCGUUAGCCACAGAUAGUAAUCGCCAUCGUGCGAAAGCUGAACAUCGCGUCCAAGAGCGGCUCAAGAUUAAGAAACAAACAAUAUACUUUUCUAGUUGGGCAAAGAUUCUUCAAUUAAAUGCUUUUCGGGAAAUAUUAUCUGAAGGAUUGCACGUACAUUUUCAGGAAAAUGAAUUGCUCCAAGCAAUCUUUGAAUUCGUGCCACCUCCUACCUUGGUUUCCAAUCGACUCAGACCUGACUCAGCGUUAAGCUUUCAUACUACAGGAUCCGAUACAGACA